AUGCUCAACGUCAUGGAUUUCUCCUGCCCGGACCCGCUCUACUCCAAGUACGAGGAGAGCUGCGAGAUGAAAGCCGGGGAGCUGCAGGGCUUGGGGCAGACCGAGCAGCAACUUCUGGCGGAGGCCGAAUUCCUCGGAGGUGAGCUGCUGGGCGCCCCGGUGAGCGGCGGGGCGGCGGAUUACCCCCCCCCGGGCAGCCAGCCCUCCCCCUCGCUCAGCUACACCGGCAGCUUCUUCAUCAAGGCGGUGCCGGAGCACCCCCAGGACCAGGAAUCCCUCUUCAACCUGAUGUCGGGGAUCCUGGGCAUCUCCCCCUUCGCCCCCUCCGAGGGCCACCAAAGGCACCUGGACGCUCUCUACCCCUGCCCUGAGGUGCCCCCGAGCCAGCUGGAGCUCUACGCCGGCUGCCAGCCCGACAUGAACGUCCCCGUGCCAGCCCCCUUCGGCGAGCAGGGCUACGGCACCUUCCCCACCGCCGAGGCCACGCACCCCCUGCAGCCCCAGCCCUCCUUGGGGAGCCCCUCGCAGUGCUUCUUCGAGCCCAAGCUCCUGGACACCAAGCAGGACAUCAAGCUGCCCCCCGGCUCGCCGUCCCUGGACAAGUUCAAAGCCUCCUGCGCCCAGUGGGAGCCCGUGGCCCAGCACCAAGCCUACUUGCCCGCUGGCUACCAUUCCCCCGAGGCCUUCCCGGCCGGGGAGAGCGGCCAGGCCAUGUUCCACCCGCUGGGCUCCAAGAUGGAAAACGUGCUGUCCGUCAGCUGCCAGUCGGAGCUCAGCAGCCUCGCGGAGGACCCCGGCUGCUUCCCCGGAGCCUCUUUGGGAUUCGGCUGCGAGCCCGAAAACUUCCCGGCCCGCGGCGACUUCGGGGACGCCAAGCUGCACAGCCUCGCCCCCCAGCUCCUGCCGGACUUCGACUCCUCCUUGGCCCAGCCCGAAGUCCUGCCGGCUCUGCUGAGCUCCGGCGAGCUCCUCCAUCCCCACCCCUCGCCCUCCGUCCCUCCCGCGGACUUUUUGGGCCACCCCGCCCCGGCCUCCAUCCCCUCGCUGCUGCCUGCCGCCCCGCCGGCCCUGGCCGAGCCCAAGAAGAAGCCUCGCCGCACCAAGUGCUCUUCCAAAUGCUUCUGCCCCAAGCCCCACGAGAAAGCCUUCGCCUGCCCCGUCGAGAACUGCGUGCGGAGCUUCGCCCGCUCCGACGAGCUCAACAGGCACCUCCGCAUCCACACGGGCCACAAGCCCUUCCAGUGCCGCAUCUGCCUGAGGAACUUCAGCCGCAGCGACCACCUCACCACCCACAUCCGCACCCACACGGGCGAGAAGCCCUUCUCCUGCGACACCUGCGGCCGCCGCUUCGCCAGGAGCGACGAGAAGAAGCGGCACAGCAAAGUCCACCUGAAGCAGAAAGCGCGGACGGAGGAGAAGCUCAAAGGCUUGGGCUUCUUCUCGGUGGGUCUCUCCUUCGGGACGCUGUGA